CUUGUUUAUCUUUUUUUCUUACCGUCUGGCAGAGGCGUCUGAAUGUCUGAAUGUAUCCAUACCAUCUAUGCUUACAUAUGGUCGUAUUUGAUUUUACCUAAUGAUCUUCAAAUUUGAAAUUUUCCAGAUAGUGUUGUCCAAUUGUACUGAGAAUAACUUCAAUUUUCCUAUCCUUUCUGACAACUUGGUAAAUGAGACUCUGUCGUUGUAAAAUAAAGCAUAUUUUGAUUUGAUUUGAGAAAUUUGCUGCAGAAUGGAAAAACAUUGAUAUGGAAUAAGGACUUAAAAACCUGCUUUAAAGUGUCAUUCAAAGACUUCAAUAAUUUCAACAUCAUUCUAAAGAGAAAUACAAAAACAUUCAAGCUACAUAUAUCAGACAUGGAAAAGAGGCUGCAAUCCUUCAGAUUACCAAGAGAUCUUACUUUGGGUGGCUCAAAACCCAAGAAAAAGUUUGUUCCUAAUCUAAGUGUGGCUAGAAAUAAGGAUAACGCAAAUGGGCUUUCAUUUAUAAAAAUUGAAGACAAAAAAAAAUUGGUUCCCACCAAAAAGCCUACAAAAAACAGCCAAAAAUUUGCAGGAAAAUCUGAGAGAUUUUUACAAUCAAACGGAAUCUUCUCAGAAGGUAUUGGCAGUGAUGUAAAAAAAGCGCGAAAUGAAAGAACAUAUAAUAAUUCUCCUAGGAACGAACCUAUUAAUGGGAUGACAAUACCAAAACUAAAAAAGGAUAAGUGGCAGGUUAAUCAUAAAAAUGAAACAAGAGUUUACGAGGACCUCAUGGACUGUGAGUCUUCAUCAAUUGAUAAUGAAAUAUUAGCUUUUGCUCCAACAGUAUGGAAUGAAAAUGAUUUUAAAGGUCUUUCUAGCACUUUAUCUAGCACUAAAACUGAGUUUACAUUGGAACCCAAAAUAGAUUUAGAUAGACUUAAAAUUCUGGCAAAUGAUCUCCCAAAAGAAUUUCAAAAUGGCAAUCAUUUUAGUGAUAGUAAUCCUUCAAUAGCAUUGUGGAAUUUUCCAGAUUCUCUUGCCGAAAAAGGAUUGAGUGAGAACCCAAAUAUAGACACAUUGUUCGAUUCUAAGCUAGCGAAUAUGCCAGAGGGUCAAAUAGGAAAACUGAGAGUCCAUAAAUCUGGAAAAAUUGAUAUUAUUAUAGGAGGUACUAAAUAUGAAAUAGCGCCAACACCAUUAGAAUCAUUACCAGAGAGGGUUAUUUCUAUUGAAACAAACAAAAAAGACGUAGGAAAGGCUUUAGUACUUGGUGAAAUUCAACACAGAUACGUAUUAAAUCCGGAAUGGGCUGGAUUAGUACGUGGUUUUAAAAAUAUGUGAUACAAAUUAAUUUAGUUAGAAAAAAUGUUACAGUACAGUUUUAUAUUAGAGUUUAAGUUUCUUGUUAAAUUUCUAAAUUCAAUAAAUAAUUUUGUUUUAGCUCCUAGGGAGUGAAACCCUGUAUGUUCACAAGUAUUGACAUGCACUUACUUAAUAAAGUAUCCCAUCAUCACAACAGAAAGUAAAAACAACUCAAAAUGGAAUUAAGAAUACACCAAAAUAGGAGAAACAUAAAUACCUCUCUAACUCACUGAAAACAGCAUUUGAAACUUAUUCCAAUUGCCAGCUUUUUAAAACUGUUUGUUGAGUUGUUUUAUGUUAACAUACAGAUGUUCACAACAUCUAGGUGCUACAUAAUAUUAUUUUUUUCACUAUAAAUCCAUUGUAUAAAUCAUAGUGUAUGAAACUUUUUAUCUAUACUAAUAUAAUAUUGCUGGAGA